GCUCGAUCGCCUCGCCGCCCUCUGUAGCGUUUUGAGAUAUUACGAGUUUCGAUUCUCCUCCCCCGCUUGGUUCGUCAUGUCAGGCACUGAAAGCGCUCAUGCUGGCGGCGGCUACGACCUUUUACGGAGGGCCACUCAAGCAAUGAUGUCAAAAACCGCCGCGCCUGAGGAGGACGGUGCGGAUCAUAUCGGCUACGAGACCCCUCGAUCCGGCGUAGCCACUCCUCAUCCCGACCCUCACGAUAAACGCCUGCCCGGAAUCACGACCUUCUUUUCCCAGAGCGGCCCGCCUACCCCUACUAGAGCCCUCUCUACAGCCAACUCACAGUCUGAUGGCAGGGACACUCCGAACGGAUCCGGCAACGAAGGCGCCGAGACAAGUGGCACAGUAACCCCAAAGAACUCUGGCGCCGACGUUCCGACGGCCAAGGGGAAAUUAACCAUCAAGAUUAUCGAAGCGCGGGGAAUACGCAAGAGCCGUGACCCUUAUGUCGUUGCCGUAUUCCAACGGAGUGAGCUCAUUUCUGGCGGACCCCAUGCCAUCGAAGAGGAGGAAGUAGUGGUAGGAACACCUUCUGGGCUUGGUUCCAUCCCCAUGAAGCGUCAAGUUAGCGACUCUGGCCGGCCCAUGGCCAUCCCGAUGCGCAGCCGCCAGAGUAGCAACACUAGCAUUAGCGACCACAACACUUUCCGCAACCGAACGCUCAAAACUCUCUACUCAAGCCCCAAAUGGGAUGCAGAGGCAGUCUUCGACGUUGUCGAUUCGGAUUUGCUGGUAGACAUUUCGGUAUACGAUCAUGUGGCUUCCGGAGGAGAAGAAUUCUUGGGCCAUGUCAACCUCGAGGCCCGGAAAGACGGUCCUGUCAGAGGGUGGUAUGCGCUGCAAGGCCACGCCAAUACGACGGUCGAGAACAUACCAACGGGCGAAAUACAUGUCGAGGUUUCUUACCAGAGAACUGAAAGGAAGCACUUUGGCCCAAGCGAUUUUGAGAUUCUCAAACUCAUCGGCAAGGGCACUUUUGGUCAGGUCUACCAGGUUCGAAAGAAGGAUACCCAGCGAAUUUACGCCAUGAAAGUAUUGCAGAAAAAGGUGAUUGUUCAAAAGAAGGAAGUGGCGCAUACCGUGGGAGAGCGGAAUAUCCUUGUUCGCACGGCUACAUCAGAUUCGCCCUUCAUCGUCGGGCUCAAAUUCUCCUUCCAGACUCCGUCAGAGCUGUACCUGGUAACUGAUUACAUGUCUGGCGGAGAGCUCUUCUGGCAUCUCCAGAAGGAAGGUCGCUUCGACGAGAAGCGAGCCAAGUUCUACAUUGCCGAGUUGAUUUUGGCAAUCCAGCACCUUCACAACAAUGAUAUUGUGUACCGCGACCUUAAGCCUGAAAACAUCCUUCUGGAUGCAAACGGCCACAUUGCUCUUUGCGAUUUUGGACUGUCCAAGGCAAAUCUUACAAAGAACGACACCACCAACACCUUUUGCGGAACCACGGAGUACCUCGCUCCUGAAGUUUUGCUCGAUGAGUCAGGAUAUACCAAAAUGGUCGACUUCUGGUCGCUGGGCGUCUUGGUGUUUGAGAUGUGCUGUGGAUGGAGCCCCUUUUACGCGGAAGACACUCAGCAAAUGUACAAGAACAUUGCCUUUGGCAAGGUCCGGUUCCCGCGCGACACCCUUUCCCAGGAAGGUCGCAACUUUGUCAAGGGGUUGCUUAAUAGAAAUCCCAAACACAGACUAGGAGCAACGGACGACGCUGAAGAGCUCAAGAGACACCCCUUCUUCAACGACAUUGACUGGAACCUCUUGGCCAAGAAGCUCAUCUCACCCCCUUUCAAGCCCAAGUUGAAGUCGGCAACGGACGUCUCGUACUUUGAUCCAGAGUUCACCACUGCGCUAGACCAGAAUGGGUCUCUCAACGAGCGUGCUGCCGCGCUGGCCCGAGGAUAUGCUGCCUCGACGCCUCUAUCGCCGUCGGUGCAGGCCAACUUCCACGGAUUCACCUAUGUGGAUGAGAGCGCCUUGGAUGACCACAUGCGCGAUCUCAGAACUGACGAUGAGCAUAUGGAUGAUGCCCACGCAAAUGGUGAUGAUGACUGGGAUAACCUAGAUGAUAUCGAUCCCCGAGUGUCCAACCGGAUGAGUGGCAUCGUUAGGUCUGGACACGACGAGCAGAUGGUGGGAGGCUCGCAUUUUGAUCCGUAAAUGAUGUUUCAUCGGACCCCUGGUAAAAUGGGAGUGGAUGUGGUGGGCUGCAUGGCGUUUGUUUAUUUUCCCCUGUUUUGUUUUCUUCGUGUCAUGGCAAUGCAGGUCGACUCUUGUCCCUGAACAAAAAAAAAAAAGUUGAUAUCCCGAAAACAACCACGACGAUGUUGAUACAACCGAUUAAUCAUAUGGCAUCUGCAUUAGGAGGGGUUGGCUGGUUUUGCAUUUUGCAUUUGUUCCAUGGCUACUACAUGUGCAGGAAAGGACCCUGGAGUUCAGGUUGAGCCAAAGAUAUACGAUGAUGACGAAUAGGAUUCUUCAAAGCAUCAAGACUCUUUUGCACAAAACAAACAAGUGCGAAAGUCGAGAUGCUGAUUCCGAACUUUCAGAAAAGAUGAGAGAGAAAAAAAUUGCAUGAAAGAGAAGAAGACGAAGAAGAAGAAAGAGAAGAAGAAAGAGAAGACACAAACCAAAUGAUGUAACGCAAAAGGGAAAUCCGUCAGAGAGGGAAUAAGAACAAGAAGAAGAAAAGCAAAUUAGCAUGAUUCUUUUCCUUUUUUCCACUUUGCUUUUUUCUUUCCUUCGACUCUUAUUGCAUCCCAAGCCCAGUAGGAUCAGGCUACCUUUCUACAUCAGUGUCUACCUAGUUGUGCGUUCUAGUCGGGAUGUGGCGUAAUAAUGGUGAAGCCUUCUUUCAAUCUGUGUCGACGCGCAUGUAAAUACACUAAUGGACGGACGGGGAGAGAGAGGCUAAAACAACACAAAGAAUGAUGAAACACUACACAUUGGCGGUCUUGGAAAUGGGUUAUUGUAUAUAAAUAGGUAAUUGGCUGGUGAUGAAUAAUACGUCAUGGUGUAGAGAUCCAUCUAGUAUUGGGUAAUUAUGCCAUGACACAUGAUGCUGCUUUUAGUCUAC